AUGGUUUCCGAAAGGAUCUAUGAUCUAUGCCGUCCCAUCCUGGACAAUGAAGAGCUGGGAGAGGAGAGCAAGACUGAUGCCCUGGAGGAGCUGCUGAGCAGCGAGCCUUCAUCUUUGAAAGGCAAGGCGCUCGAGGAUGCCGUCCUAGGAGUUCUCUGGCAGUGGAAAUACUCCAGCGACAGCAAGUCCUCGCCGCCUCCGCCUCGGAGCACCAACGUGAUCCGUUCGCGCUCUCCUGCCCCGUGGAUACAGAGAGCUGCCACACCAAUCUCAGGCUCCAACUCGCCGCGACCUUCAGCAUCUACGCCUUCGGUACCUCCUGGCUUCGGCCCGACACCGCCUGCGCUUGCGAGGACAAAGUCCCAGACGGUUGGAUCACCCUUCUCCUCCCCCAAGCCUUCGCCGCGACUACCUCUGGCGACUCCGAUCAUACCACACAGCCCACGAUUGAGCGCCUACCAGUUCAGCGACUCUUCGCCAAACACCGAAAACUAUGGCGACUAUGGCAGCGACACCGUCGACUGGUUGCUCAACGAUGACACCAGCAGCCAGACCAGCUUUGGCGACUCAGGCUUCAUGAGCUCGGGCGAAUCCAUGCAACCUUACACCUCCGACAUGAGCCCGUAUGAUAUGCUGCGAUCGAUUUUGCAAGAUAACAAGACAGAUGAAGAGCUCGAGCAAAUACUCGAGGCCAACGGUUGGGAUCUCAGCCAGACCAUCAACUCACUGAUGGAAGCGCAAGGUGUGGAUUUGGCGGCAGCAGCGAUGCAGCAGCAGCAGAAGCGGACGUAUCUCAUUGGCAAGAGCAUGUCGCCAUCUUCGCGACCAGUGACUCCGGCUGGACAGCAGAGAUCCCCAACUGUGUGUCGAUACUGGCUGGCCAGCGGACACUGUGCUCGCGCCGAUUGUCGCUUUGCUCACGAGGUCCAGAACCAUAUCUGCAAGUACUGGCUGCAAGGAAAUUGCAUUGCAGGCAACUCGUGCCUCUUCUCCCACGAUCCGGCUGUCCUGAUGCAGCAACUCAACAUUGCCAACAGCGGCGCAAACACCCCACGGCAACUACCACCUAAUUUUCAGCUCUCUGACUUCGACAGCUUCCCAGCCUUACAACCUACGACUAGUAAUCCCUACGAAGAGGGCGAGAGUGUGGAAUCGAGCAGCCUGAACUCGAAUCAAGCCGGAUUUGCACAGGCGCCGCCGGGACUGUUUCCGACCUUCGUUCCAACCGGCCCUCGACUUGGCAGUGGCCCGGGCUCAAGACCAGGAAGUAGACACAACUCGCGCGCUCCAACGCCUAGUCAACAGGUAAAUUUCCAAGACGAUGAUGCAUUUCCUUCCCUCGGCUCAGCAGCCUCGAAGCCGGGUGGUAAGAGACAUCAUGGCAAGCGCGGAGGUCAUGGGCAUCACAAUCACGGACCGCCUGUCCAACAGCCAGGUAGUCUUGCUGACGUGGUGCGCAUGUCUCCAUCCCCAGGUCCUAAUGCGAGUAGGGAUGCCAUGCGUCGCGGUCUAAGGAACAAUCGAUCGUUCACCUCAACUCGCGAGAACUCAACAGCAGCCAUGGAUAUUCCUGCUCCCAAAGAAAUUCCUUGGCUCGAGACUGGCGACAAAGUCAAUGGCGCCUAUAUGAAAGCGAGGCAGGAGGCCUUCAAGCACGGUGGAUUGCGCAACAAGUUUCUGCAAUCCGCUGCACAAGCAUGGAAUCGCAACGACGCCCGAGGAGCCAAGGCUUUGUCCCUGCGCGGCCAGAACGAAAACGCACUGAUGCGCGAAAAGCACCGUGAAGCAGCCAGGGCAUUGUACGAAGAACGCAACAAGAAUCUCGCAACGGGCACCGGUAGCAAAGAACUCUACGUCGACCUGCACGGUCUCCACCCGGAAGAAGCAGUCCAGUACCUCUCCGAUUGUCUCCGCGAACAAAAGACCAGCUCUCGCCCCGUCUACGCCAUCUGCGGCACCGGCCAUCACAGCAAGAACGGCAAAGACAAGGUGGGCAAGGCGAUUCGACAGUUUCUCAACGAGUGGCGCUAUGCGUUUCGGGAGUUCAGCGUCCCAGGAGAUCGCAAUAACGUGGGUGGCAUCCUGGGCAUCAACCCGGCGAGCUUUGAUCGCAAAGUCACCUCUGUGAGUGUAGGGGGUAGCGAUAGCGGGGUGAGUCUGGAUGAUCGGAAGGAUACGAAGAUUAUGCUGGUCAAGGAGGAUCCACGCAAGGUUACCGCGAUGCCUUUGGCGGCGGCGGCUGCUACUGCUGACGAUGACGAGGGGGAGAGCUAG